UUUUACUCUUCGACGCACACACAUAUCCUCUUCUUCUUCCCUAGUGUUUACGGCUACCCCUAGUACAUAUAUAUUGUUUGAAUCCGCGGGAAUUAGCCAGUCUAGAGAAGAAAGAAAAAAAAAAAAAAAGAAUACAAUACUAUCCGGUCGAACGAAAUAUGAUUUGCCUCUUCGCCUAAAACAUUUCCGACCGCUUGUACUCGGGAAGCUCGGCCCGUUUGCCGUGUUUGAAUCCCCUAACGCUACACUACCGCUUUCUCUCCUCGUCUAUCAUUCUUGCCCCUGACGGGCUUAGACAAGUAUCACUGUCUUUGUGCGGGGAAAUUUCAAGUAACUUCUCGCCCUCGCCGAGACCUUCCGUGAUCAUGGUGGCCGGUAUCAGCAAACGUCAGCAGUUCCGCAAUGAGCGGGCACUGCAAGACCUAAUUCGGUCGGUUCCUGGCAAUGACCGAUGCGCCGAUUGCCAAGCAAUGAAUCCAGGAUGGGCCAGUUGGAAUAUGGGUAUUUUCCUGUGCAUGCGGUGCGCCGCGCUGCACCGCAAAAUGGGCACUCAUAUCUCAAAGGUCAAAUCCUUGAGUAUGGAUAGCUGGACGACGGAACAAGUCGAUAACAUGAAAUCGCACGGGAACAACCUUAUGAACAAGAUUUUUAACCCUCGGAACGUGAAGCCCCCUGUUCCUGCUGAUGUCGACGAGUCCGAUGCAUGCAUGGAACGGUUUAUUCGUCAGAAGUACCAGUACCGGACCUUAGAAGAAGGCAAACCGAAACCUCCUAGUCGUCAAGAUACUCGCGAUGAUCGUUCUCCAGAAGGCUCUCCUCCUCCGCUUCCCCCAAAGCCUGCCCGGCCCCAUGGGUUCGGUUUGCGAUCGGCCUCGUCUACGACCAGCCUCCAUCGACUGUCCAACCGGCAAGCCAUGCCUCCCCGCUCUGAAACCUAUGAAUCACCCAGAGCAGUCUCACAGGGCAUGGGGGCUUCUGUUGGCAGUAGCAAUGCAUCCCACGAGACUCAGAUGGCCACCUUGCGGAGUAUGGGCUUUACCAAUGAGUAUCGAAACUCUGCCGUUUUGAAGGGCUUGGACGGUAAUCUCGACAAAUCAAUCGAGACUCUGGUCAGACUGGGGGAGGGUCCCCCAUCAUUGCAGGGCAGAACGCCUGUUCAUACAACCACGGCCAAUGAUACUGCUAGACAGCAAGCCUCCAGCAAUCCCUUUGAUCAGUUGGAUUCCAAGCCCGCUCAGCCUGCUGGGCAGUCAUACAACCCUUUCGAUGUUCCUACUCCGCAACCAGCUGCACAGACGCUCGAGGCGUCGUUCCAACACCUUCAGGUCUCGCAACCGUUAUUCCCACACUCAACCGGGGGAUAUCCCAACCAACAGCCAUCUUUCCCUCAGCCUCUUUACCAACAGCCGAUGACCCCCCCUGUGAUGCCAACAAUCUCCCAGGGUGCCGUCGUGCAGUCACCGCAGCCUGUUGAUGGUGGUCACAACCCGUUCUUCCAAUCCGGCAGCUUCACUGCAGCACCCAACCAAACCCCCGGUGUCGCUCAGCCGCAGACAAAUCCUUUUUUCACCCAACCCCCUUCGCAACUCAACUCGAUGCAACCCCCAAGUCAGGCUCCGGCCGGAUAUCCUCAUCCACCUCGACAUGCCAACACCAUGCCAGCUAUAUCAUCCACCUCCCCGUUCGGUACCGCGUCGCCGUUCCAGCAGCAGCAACAACAGCAACAAAUCCAACCUCCCCAACUCCAAGUCCAACCGCCCCAAUUCCAGGCUCAACCACCCCAGCAUAUGCAAGCAUCCCACAAUCCAUUCCAACCCAUGACAGCGCCCCCAACCCCGCAAAGUGCGGGGUACCAGGUGCAAUCACAGCUUGGCCUACAGGCGCCCGCGCAGCAGCUAGCCCCGCAGCUGACCGGCCGCAUGGACAAGAACAGCAUUCUGUCGUUGUACGGCCUUUCUCCACCAGCAUCGGCAACGUCAGAGCAUUCUCAACCCACAGGAGCGACUCCCGGCCCGGGAACAGCACCGGCACCGGCCCCUGGCUAUGCCACUACUACGCAACCACAGCAACCCACGGACCUCCAUUCCGCAGGCACCCGGAACCCCUUCCUCACCACUCAAGCAGCAGCUGCCGGACUUCCCCAACAGCAACAGCAACAAGCAUACCUCCAACAACCCCAACCCCAACUCCAACCCCAAUACAGCACCUUCGCCAUGCCCAUGAAAUCCAACACCAUGCCGCCCGCGGCACCAAGCGCCUUCCCAAGACCGCAGGGCCACAUGAGCCAGCAAAGCGUCGAUAUCAACGCCUUCCAAAACGGCCGACACAGCCCCGAUGCAUUCGCCAGUUUGAGUGCGCGGUAUGGUUGAUUUGAUUAGUACAUACAUACCUUCAUAUCUACAUAUAUCUACCCAUACAUAUUUUAUAUCCAUGCAUAUCGCCACCACGUACAGUUAUGUAUAGAUAUGUAUGCACAUGGAAAAAGCUUUCGGUACAUAUUCCAGUCUGUGUCUUGUAUCUACAGACCGCUUGAACUUGGAUCCAUAUAUUUAUUUGUUUCUUUGGCGUGCUUUAAUUGUAUUAGUACAUUUAUUUGUGCAUCUCUGGCGUUGAGGGAGAUCGGAUGGGAAGUUGAGAGUUAACUAUCAUUGGGCUUUCCAGUCUUAUGAAGGCUUGGUAUAUAGAUAGAUAGAUAUAUAGGAUCGUUCUAGUCUCUAUGGCAAUCUACAUAUAAAGCUGAACUGGCUAA